AUGGGACAACAGAACAUCUGGUUUUCGCACCCCCGAAAGUUUGGCCCUGGCUCUCGCCACUGCCGAGUCUGCAGCAACCACCACGGUUUGAUCCGCAAGUACGGCCUCAACAUGUGCCGUCGAUGCUUCCGACAAUACGCCAACCAGAUCGGCUUCAAGAAGCUGGAUUAA